GCGGUGCUUGUUAGUUUCGUAGACUUGCAGAUGCUUUGAUCCGGCAACGGUGAUUGCUGCCCUAGCUGCAACUUUAAGCAAGUUGGGUUCUGCGACAAAGACUUAUUUUCCGACAGACAUAUUGGAAGUGCACCAGACAUGGCAGCUCCAUCACUCCAAUCCUUCUGUCUUCCAUGGCUACUACUUGUUCUACUCUUUAUGGCAUUGUUUGCUUCAGCAUCAGCACUACCAAAGACAAUUCCGAGACUCGGUGUGCUUCGAGGAGAAUUGAAUCCAGAAAAAAGUGAAGCAGCAUUGGCUUCGGAGGAUCUCGAGACUUAUUACUACGACCAAACACUUGAUCACUUCAACUAUAAGCCAGAAAGCUAUGCUAUCUUUAAGCAAAGGUACAUGGUGAGCUACAAGCACUGGCAUGGCGCGCAUGUCGCCGCUCCGAUAUUUGCGUAUCUUGGUGAGGAGUCAUCAGUGGAUGAUGAUGUGAAAGGCAUUGGAUUUUUAUCUGAUAAUGCAGCUAGGUUUGGUGCUCUUAUAGUGUAUAUAGAGCAUCGAUAUUAUGGAAAAUCAGUCCCAUUCGGAGGAUUUCAAAACGAAACAUUGAAGAAUGCAACGGAACGCGGUUACUUCAACUCAGCUCAAGCUUUGGCAGAUUAUGCAGAGGUGCUAACUUACUUGAAACAGAAGUUAUCAGCAGAGGCUUCUCCUAUUAUUGUUAUUGGGGGAUCUUAUGGAGGAAUGCUUGCUUCAUGGUUCCGGUUAAAAUAUCCUCACAUUGCCCUUGGAGCACUGGCAUCUUCAGCUCCAAUUCUCUAUUUUGAUGGCGUUACACCAGCAGAAGCAUAUUAUGAUGUUGUCACAAAGGACUUUAGAGAAACUAGUGAGAGUUGCUACAACACCAUAAAAAUGUCUUGGUCGGAAAUCGAUAGAGUUGCUGCUAAACAAGAUGGCCUGUCUAUCCUUAGCAAAAAGUUCAAAGCCUGCAAACCAUUGGACAGUGCAUCCGCUUUGAAGAACUAUUUGGACAAUAUGUACACAGGGGCAGCACAAUAUGACAGGCCACCUAGAUAUCCUGUCACUGUGGUUUGCAGUGGCAUUGAUGGAGAGACAACAGAAGGCAGCGAUUUACUCGACAAGAUUGCUGCCGGAAUGUUUGCUUAUAGAGGAGAAAAGGAUUGUUAUCAACUCCAGGAUUUCUUUCCAUCAGAAACUCGGUUGGGCUGGAAUUGGCAGGUAUGUAGUGAUAUUGUGAUACCGAUUGGCGUAGGCAACGACACCAUGUUUCCACCUUCACCAUUUAAUAUGACCGACAACACCGAAUAUUGCAAGGAGAAAUAUGGAGUUACUCCAAGACCGCAUUGGGUCACUACUUAUUACGGCGGUCAAAAUAUAAAACAAGUCCUCAGGAGGUUUGCCAGCAACAUCAUCUUCUCCAACGGCCUCCGCGAUCCUUAUAGCAGUGGAGGAGUAUUGGAAGACAUUUCACACACUGUAGUUGCAGUUUCUACCAAACAAGGUUCUCAUUGUCUGGACAUAUUGCCAGCGAGAAAAGAAGAGGAUCCGGAAUGGUUGGUGAUGCAGCGGAACAUAGAGCUUGAGAUCAUCAAUGGAUGGAUUCUGAAAUACUAUGAAGAUCUGCUCAAAGAGUUGGAGAGAAAUUGAAAAUGUCAUGUUUAGACUUGAGAUUUAGGCAUGCAUCAUUGCAUGGCAAAUUAAAUAAAACAUGAUUGAUUGAAGAGAUUUAAAUCUCUUGCAUUCAGUCCUUCCUUGCUGUAUGUAAUGCCUUCAAUUAUCCCAGGCUUGCUUGCAUA